AAGGCUAAAGAAAAAUGGCGGGAAACCGAUGGUACUAGUUUCAUUUCAGUGGGAGAAGAAAAACCCAGGAACGAGCGAGAACUCUGCCUGCGCGCGUAAAAUCCAUGGAAAAAUAUUUAGCACCUGUAAAUCCACUCACCGAGAAACUCAAAUCCGUAAAAAGGCGUCCAUGGAAGAGAAGUCUCGUCGAAUUAAACGGAAAAUUCGAGCCGACUUAUCGGCACUAUUUGUCCAGUCUCAUAGUUCAAUCAUAUUCCGAGGUUGGAGUGUUUCCUCAUAGAUAUCAUGUCAAUGGACAACCAUGCCAGACCCACGUUGAUUGGUUUAUCCACCACGGAUUGAACGAUAGCCCGAGUACAGCUAGAGGCCAGGGUGUCUCAUCACUUGAAUUUGACUCCAAGGGUGUGUACUUGGCAUCAGUAACAAAAUCAGGGUGCUUAACUGUGCAUGACUUUGAUAAUAUUCAAUGCCCAGAUUUUAAAGAAGAUGAAACAAAGCAGUUACUGCACAUAUCUACGGGCCAACAACUCGACGUCAUUCGGUGGAACCUCGCCAAUCAAGAUGAGAUUGCAUGUACUGCAAUGAAAAGCAGUCAAGUUCAUAUUUUUGACAUUGGCUAUAUCUCAUCUGAACCGGUUGAAGUGCUCAGGAAGAGACCCAACAUCACUGUUCAUGGGAUCAAUGUUCACAGAGGCUUUUCUGACAUUGCCUUUUCUUCUGAUGACAAUUCAAGGUUACUCGCUUCUGAUACUAAUGGUGUAAUUAAUGUGUGGGAUAGAAGAGUUGGUGAUCUCCCGUGUUUGGAACUCACAACAAAUUCUCCUUGCUCACUUAAUAGCAUCAAAUUAAGUAGGGAUAAUGAGAUUGUUUACGGAGCUAGCAAGCAGGGAAAUAUAUUUAUGUGGGACAUACGUGGAGGAAGAUCAUAUACUGCUUUCAGAAACCAUAAAGAGGAAUCCUUUUCUCCCUUGGCAUCGGUGAAGUUGGCACAUGAGUUUGAGAAAAUAUCUUCCUUAAAGGCACAAUCAAAUAUAGUGUCAAAGGAAAUACACUCAAUUGACAUUGAUCCAACAUGCCCUUACCAACUGGCGUUUCAUCUUGAUGACGGAUGGUCAGGUGUUCUGGACACCAACAAAUUUCAAGUGACACACAUUCAUUGUCCUCCACCCCCGUGGUUGGAUGAGCCCAAUGAUUUGGCGAAUCUCUCAUACGCGAAAAAGCCAUGUUGGCUACCUAUGAACUCGAUUUACGUUGUUGGAUCGUCUUCCAGCAAUGGCAUUUAUCUUUUGGAUUUCUACCCAGACUCUACCUCCCAUUGUCACGUCGAUUACAACGAGGAUAUACAGAGCACUGACAAAGCAAUCAGCCCGCACAGGCAACAAAACAGAUUUUUGUCGUUGUCUGAAAGUGUUACUGCAUGUGUAGCUCACCCUCUCAACGGUACCAUUGUGGCUGGAACUAAGGUAUGUAUGUAUGUAUGUAUGUAUAUAUAUGCUCACUUUGAUUUGUUUGAAAUUACUGCUUUUCGGCUAUCUUAUAUUCAAAUGUGCACAUUAGUUUAAAACGGGUAUCGUCUAACUAAUAAAUUUCUCAUGGAAAGCCUAUUCUUCAGUACUUGGAACCUUGGUUAUUAAAAUUCAUUUACAAGAUAUAGAUUACAUGUUAAAUGUUGUUUAUUAGCAAUCCUUAAGUGAUUGAAUCAUACAUGUUGCUAUUAUAUUAUGAAUUAUCGUGUUCGAAAAUCCUGCCAUUUUAUUGUUCGUAAGUCCUGUAAAGAUUAAUCAAUUGUAAAAUUAUAUCAUGUAAAAUUAACAAAAAAAUAUCGGGAAUUAUGUUUUGCAUCACACCCCGUUAUGCUGCUCGAUCCCAUUUCCAUACCCGGAUAUGUAAUUCUUUGAAGUUUGACUGUUCCAGCUGUCAUCACUGCUUGUCGUUUCCCAGUCGAAAAUGCUGUGCUGAUCUGCAGAUGUUCAUCCAUUUUAUACGAUAACUACAGAUCCAUGGCA